CAUUCAGCCAGAUUAGACUGCUUCGUCGUCCCCGCUGAACUGAUGCCAUGGCGAGCUGCGUUUCUGGUUCCAACUUCUUCACUGGCUGGAAACCAAUCCCUCAAUUAGAAGUAGUUUCACGCGACUCUGUAAGUUUGAAUUUCCGAAGAAUCAAAGCUCUCAAAGUGAAAUCCGACUACUCUUGCUUUGAGGUUAGGGAUUUAAGCUAUCGACCUCCAGGGACUGAGCUUGCUCUUCUCGAUGCAGUUAAUUUUUCCCUUCGAGAGAAAAGUUUUGGGUUAAUUUUUGGACAGAGUGGAAGUGGAAAAACUACUUUAUUGCAGCUUCUUGCAGGUCUGAGCAAACCAACUUCGGGUUCCAUUUAUGCCCAAAAAUAUGAUAAAGAGGGAAAACCAUGUCAGUCUUCUCAACCAUUAUCCCCUGAGAGAGUUGGUAUUGUCUUUCAAUUUCCAGAGAGGUACUUUGUCACGGACAGUGUGCUUGAUGAAGUCACAUUUGGGUGGCCACGGCAAAAGAUUGAUUUUCAUUUGAAGGAGCAACUUGCUUUGAGACUCCAAAGAGCAAUUAAUUGGGUGGGAUUAAAUGGCAUAGCCUUGGACAAAGAUCCUCACUCUCUAAGUGGUGGCUACAAGCGUCGUCUUGCCUUGGCGAUCCAAUUGGUGCAAAUCCCAGAUCUGUUAUUACUGGAUGAGCCUCUGGCUGGUCUUGAUUGGAAGGCUCGUGCUGACAUUGUGAAGCUCUUAAAGAAUCUAAAGAAAGACUUAACUGUACUUGUCGUCAGCCAUGAUCUCAAAGAGUUUGCUGGCUUAGUUGACUAUUCAUGGAGAAUGGAAAUGGGCGGUGUUCUUAGAGAAGAAGCUCUACCUAUUUAAUUUGAAAUUAUUUAUUGGCGCUAAUGCUCCACUGGUGCAGCUUAUUUUUGUUUCUGUGAGUCACUACAUCGACUCAAGGGCGAAAGCCUGGUUGGAGAUUCACAGGUAAUGGAACCCAACCCCAUGUUGUAAACUCAGGACUAGUAUUUAAAAUAUUACAAUAUUUUAGAGAAGCCCAAGUUUGUUGAUAACGAUAUUUGAUCGGUAUUUUUAUUGAUAUCGACACUGUAAUCCUCAACAAUCCUGAUAAAAAUAGAAGCAGUUCACUCGACUUGUUUUCUCA